UUGAACGGACGUUGAAAUUUGAAUAGUCUUCAAUCUCUGCUCGCAGUAUUGUUUGAUUUAGCAAAGAGUUUAAAUAAAUUAAUACAGUGAACUGUUUGCACACUGCUUCGUUGAAGUUUUAAGUUUCCAACUCAGAAGUGUUUAAAAAUUAAUAGAAUAAAAGUGCUUUUAUAAACACUUCGAAACGUGUUGCUUAGUGUAAAGUUUAUUGAUCCCACGUAGAGUUAAAUUUUUUAAAUUGUUCUACUUCGACGUGAAAAAUAGAUGAAAUUCAAAAUGCGUUCCUGUGGCAUGAGUUUGAUAAAAUACAUACUUUUUGGAUUUAAUGUAGUUUUUGCUAUAUCCGGCUUAGGCAUACUAAUUGCUGGUGCCGUCGUCCUCGCUGAUGUGAAUGAAUUCAAUCAUUUUGUGGAGGGAAAAGUGACAGCACCACCAAUUGUGUUAAUUGUAACGGGUCUAAUAAUAUUUCUGAUUGCUUCACUUGGUUGCUUUGGAGCAAUAAAGGAAUCACCAACUUUGCUUUUAACAUACGCAGUAUUGCUUGCCGUCAUAUUUAUAAUAGAAUUAGCUGUUGGUAUAGCAGCUGCAGUAUUCAAAAAGGAUUUGGAAAUGGUUUUAACAAAUUCUCUACAAGAUUCCAUUAAACGUUCGAACAAGGAAGACACCAUGGCUUGGGAUAAUAUACAACAGAAACUUAUGUGCUGUGGUGUUGAUAACCCAGCUGACUGGCGUUCUUCAAGCCCAAACAAGACUUUACCGGCCAGUUGUUGUCGUCCACAAUACAUUGAAGAAGCUUCUAAGCAUUGCAAUGAUUCACCAGCUUUAGGUAGAGACAAAUAUUAUCAGGAAGGCUGUGUUGGAAAAUUAAAAGAACGCAUUGACAAGAAUGCCGUCAUUUUGAUAGGUGUGGGCAUUGGUAUCGCUUUCAUUCAAAUUCUUGGCAUUAUAUUGGCGUGUUACUUGGCUUCCACCAUUCGACAAGAACGUUUGAAGUAAAUUGGAUAUCAUACAUAAGGAGCUAAAUUACAUACAUAAGCUAUCCAAAUAUGUUCCCAAAAACGAAGCUAAAGAUUCUUCAUAUUUGAUAAUAUAUUCUUCAC